CCUCUCCGCACGCCUUCCGCCUUCACCUAGGGCCGUAGGUGCGGCGCGGGGCUGGGCGCUAGCUGGCCGCGGCUGGAGCAGCGCCGCCGGGAGCCGGGAGCCGGGAGCCGGGAGCCGCGAGCCGGGAGCCGCCGCCGCGCGCGCCCGCGCGGAAUCCCCGGGUCUCCGUUCCGCCGCCGGGAACUGCGGGGAGGCGACAUGUAGCAGCGGCUGCAGCAGAACCGCUUCGUAUUUGCAACUCUUUUUUUUUUUUUUUUUUGAGGGGCGGGGGGCGCGGCAAAAUUGUAUCUCCGCCCUCGCUUUCUUGCCUACUCCCGUGCGCAAGCUGCAUCUGCCUCUAAAAAUUGAGGGGCUUGGGGGAGGGCGGGGGGCCGUAAAUCAGAGUUGGACCGGCACUGCCCCCGCGCCUGGAGGGCCACCAUGACCGAGGAGAGCUCCGAGGUUCCCAGGGAGCUGACAGAAAGCAUAAAGGAUGUUAUUGGCAGAAAGAUAAAAAUUGCAGUGAAGAAGAAAGUAAAGUUGGAAGUAAAGGGAGACAAAGUUGAAAACAAAGUGCUGGUGCUCACAUCAUGCCGCGCCUUCCUUGUAACAGCACGGAUCCCUACCAAGCUCGAGUUAACCUUCAGCUACCUGGAGAUUCACGGUGUCAUCUGCAACAAGUCAGCUCAGAUGGUGGUGGAAACUGAGAAGUACAACAUCUCCAUGAAGAUGGCAUCGCCCGAGGACGUGAGCGAAGUGCUGGCCCACAUCGGCACCUGCCUGCAGAGGAUAUUUCCUGGCCUCUCCCCAGUGCGAAUCAUGAAAAAAGUCUCCAUGGAGCCAUCUGAGCGACUGGCCAGUCUCCAGGCUCUGUGGGAUAACCAGACCGUGGCCGAGCAGGGCCCCUGUGGUGGAUUUUCUCAGAUGUAUGCCUGUGUUUGCGACUGGCUUGGAUUUUCAUACAGAGAAGAAGUACAGUGGGAUGUGGAUACAAUUUAUCUGACGCAAGACACCAGGGAAUUGAAUUUACAAGACUUCAGUCAUCUUGACCACAGGGACCUAAUUCCCAUCAUUGCUGCUCUGGAGUACAAUCAGUGGUUCACAAAGCUAUCUUCUAAGGAUCUGAAACUGUCCACCGAUGUCUGUGAACAGAUCUUGAGAGUGGUGAGUAGGUCCAGUCGGCUGGAGGAAUUGGUGUUGGAAAACGCCGGGCUCAGAACAGAUUUUGCCCAAAAACUGGCCAGUGCUCUAGCGCAUAAUCCCAACUCAGGACUCCACACAAUUAACCUUGCUGGCAACCCACUGGAGGAUCGAGGUGUGUCCUCUUUAAGUAUUCAAUUUGCCAAACUCCCAAAGGGAUUAAAGCAUUUAAAUUUAUCUAAAACCUCAUUAUCACCUAAAGGGGUGAAUAGCCUUUCUCAGUCACUCAGUGCCAACCCGUUGACUGCCACCACCCUUACCCAUCUCGACCUCUCAGGGAACGUCCUUCGCGGAGACGACCUCUCGUACAUGUACAGUUUUUUGGCCCAGCCAAAUGCCAUUGCUCAUCUGGAUUUAUCCAAUACAGAAUGUUCCCUGGACAUGGUCUGCGCGGCUCUUCUCCGGGGAUGCCUCCAAUAUUUAGCUGUGCUCAAUCUCUCCAGAGCUGUCUUUUCUCACCGGAAAGGAAAAGAAGUACCCCCGUCCUUCAAACAGUUCUUCAGUAGCUCUCUGUCUCUGAUGCAGCUCAACCUUUCAGGCACAAAACUGUCUCCUGAGCCGUUAAAAGCGCUGUUGCUGGGCCUGGCUUGCAAUCAUAACUUGAAGGGGGUUUCUCUUGAUCUCAGCAACUGUGAGCUGAGAUCAGGAGGUGCACAAGUAUUAGAAGGCUGCAUCGCCGAAAUCCACAACAUCACCAGCUUAGAUAUCUCUGAUAAUGGUUUAGAAUCUGACCUAUCCACCUUAAUAGUGUGGCUCAGUAAAAACAGAUCAAUACAACACCUGGCAUUAGGCAAAAAUUUUAAUAAUAUGAAAUCCAAAAAUCUGACACCUGUGUUGGACAACUUAGUGCAGAUGAUUCAAGAUGAAGAAUCGCCCCUGCAGUCUUUGUCCCUGGCCGACUCAAAACUCAAGACCGAGGUCACCAUCCUCAUCAAUGCCCUGGGAAGCAACACCUCUCUGACCAAAGUGGACAUCAGUGGGAACGGGAUGGGGGACAUGGGAGCGAAGAUGCUGGCCAAAGCCCUGCAGAUCAACACCAAGCUCAGGACUGUCAUAUGGGACAAGAACAACAUUACCGCACAAGGCUUUCAGGAUAUAGCUGUUGCUAUGGAAAAGAACUAUACAUUGAGAUUUAUGCCGAUCCCUAUGUAUGAUGCUUCUCAAGCCCUAAAAACAAACCCUGAAAAAACAGAAGAGGCUCUGCAAAAGAUCGAAAACUAUCUGCUCCGGAAUCACGAGACCCGAAAAUACCUGCAAGAGCAGGCCUACCGCCUGCAGCAGGGCAUUGUCACCAGCACCACGCAGCAGAUGAUUGACAGGAUAUGUGUGAAAGUACAGGACCAUCUCAACUCUUUACGAAAUUGUGCGGGAGACGCUGUCCAGGAAGACUUAAAGUCAGCGGAAAGGCUCAUGCGUGAUGCGAAGAACUCUAAAACGUUGUUACCAAACUUAUACCAUGUCGGUGGUACGUCUUGGGCAGGAACCAGUGGCUUGUUAUCCGGUCCCAUUCAAGAGACCCUGGAAUCAAUGGCUGGGGAAGUGACAAGAGUUGUAGAUGAACAACUGAAGGUUUUGGUUAAAAGCAUGGUUGAUUUUGCUGUUGACCUUUGUCCCAACGUGAUGAAGAAAGCCCACAUUCGACAAGACUUGAUUCAUGCCAGCACUGAAAAGAUUUCCAUCCCACGUACCUUUGUGAAAAAUGUCCUGUUGGAGCAGUCUGGAAUUGACAUCCUUAACAAGAUUAGUGAAGUGAAGCUGACAGUGGCCUCCUUCCUGUCUGAUCGGAUUGUGGAUGAAAUCCUGGAUGCACUAUCACACUGCCAUCAUAAACUGGCUGACCAUUUCAGCAGACGGGGCAAGACCCUUGCUCAGCCAGAGACCUUAGAGAUUGAGCUGGCUGAGGAGAAGCCAACUAAGCGCUCUGUCAUGACGGUGGAGGAACUCACGGAGAUGGAGCGUUUGGAAGAUCUGGAUACUUGUAUGAUGACCCCUAAGUCCAAAAGGAAGAGUAUCCAUAGCCGGAUGCUGCGACCUGUUUCCAGAGCCUUCGAGAUGGAGUUUGAUCUCGAUAAAGCGCUGGAGGAGGUGCCCAUUCACAUCGAGGACCCGCCUUUCCCUUCCGCCCGACAGGAGAAGCGGAGCUCAGGGUUUAUCUCCGAGCUGCCUUCCGAGGAGGGGAAGAAGCUGGAGCACUUUACCAAGUUAAGGCCAAAGCGGAGUAAGAAGCAGCAGCCCACCCAGGCGGCGGUCUGCGCCGCUAGCGUCGUCCCCCAAGACAGUGAGCAGAACGGCCUUAUGGGGAGAGUGGACGAAGGUGUGGAUGAAUUUUUCACCAAGAAGGUGACCAAAAUGGAUUCCAAGAGAUCAUCAGCAAGAGGCUCAGAGUCCCACGAGCUUAGCGAAGGAGGAGAUGAAAAGAAAAAGCGAGACUCUCGGAGAAGCGGCUUUCUCAAUUUAAUCAAAUCUCGGUCCAAAUCUGAGCGGCCACCCAUGGUCUUGACGACGGAUGAACCGUCUUCACCAAAGGGGGCCAUCAGAAGUCCGGCCACAGACACCCCCAGGAAGGACACAAAGCCCGCAGAGUACAACGGCAGUUCGGAGCGGACAGAGGAGAUAAAAACCCCCGACUCCCUUGAGGAAGGUCAAGGGGAAGACGUGGGCAAGGUGGAGCGGAGUGACAGCAAGAGGAGUCCGCAGGGCGGGCGGAGGUACGGCGUCCAGGUGAUGGGCAGCGGUCUGCUGGCAGAGAUGAAGGCCAAACAGGAGAGGAGAGCGGCCUGUGCGCAGAAGAAGCUCGGGAAUGAGGCCAUCUCUCAGGAUUCCCCCGGCCUGGCCUCGGGCAGCACAGAACGGUUGGAUGGAUGUGGGGCAGUGUCUAAACUGCACCCCGGUCUUGUGGAGAGCCGCUUCGGUUUGGGAACACCCGAAAAGAAUGCCAAAGCGGAGCCCAAAGUGGAUGCUGGCUCCAGGUCGCGGGGCUCUUCCAGCACACCGACCAGCCCGAAGCCCCUCCUGCAGUCCCCCAAACCCAGCCUGGCAGCGCGGCCCACUGUCCCACAAAAACCGAGAACCGCCUCGCGGCCCGAGGAUAUCCCAGACUCUCCAUCCAGCCCUGGCUCCUGUAAAGUGGCUCUUCUUCCGCCUGUCCUGAAGAAAGUUCCAUCGGACAAGGAGAGAGAUGGCCAGAGUAGCCCCCAGCCCAGUCCCAGGACAUUUUCCCAGGAAGUUUCGAGGAAGAGCUGGGGCCAGCAGGCCCAGGAAUAUCAAGAACAGAAGCAAUGGUCCUCCAGUAAAGAUGGCCACCAAGGCAGCAAGUCCAGCGACUCUGGGGAAGAAGCAGAAAAAGAGUUUAUUUUUGUGUAAAGGUCCCCCGUGCAGACGGCACAGGGUGCUCCGUUAGCCAUUAGAGAGGAACCAAGGGCAACACCUCUUCCAACUUCCAGUGCUCUUCUCUUGGUGCUUUUUUCUUUUCUUUCUCCUUCUUUCUUUACUUAUUUUUUGAAAACAGAAACAGACCCAUUUUUGGGGUGGGGGGAUUCCAAACACACUGUUUGGUCUUCUCCCCACCCUGGGCAUUUGAGUUUGAAGCAUUCCUUCUAUGCCUUCAGUGAAUGCCAGCGACUCUCCAUGUGUCCUACUUGAAUUUUCUCUGAGGCAGCUACAGUUUGCCCUGCAAGAUGAGUUUUGGGAGGUGAACAAAGCAACUGAACACGUAACUCACACACGUAAUACCAUCGGCUGACCGUGGGGCUCCACUGUGGGUACCCGUGUCACAUCUGCACUUGACUUGAUAGAGCGAUUUAUUCUUGAUGUAUGCAAUUGCACAUUGUAAGUAUAUUAACAGAGCACACUAAUAAAUAAUUUGUAUAAAUUAUAUAUAUUAGAUCUCGGCUAUGGUUUUUACAUUCUCCCAUGGGGAACUUCUUCCUUCCUGAUGUGGAAUUGUACAUUUAAAUUUGGUCGGUGACCUUUGUAGGACCAUCAGUAAGCACAGUGAAGAACAGAGUGAAAGAGGCCCACGGCUGAUGCUGCCAUGUGCCCGGGUCAAUGUACAUAGUUGAUUGGAAUGAAAUUUUAUGAGUAUUCGUGAUUUUCAAAGGCCUUUAAUUUUCUGUCUGCAUAUUAGCUUUUAAUGUAUGAUUUGAAGAAAGAAUACUUUGACACCUGUAAAAAAAUCAAAACACUACUCUUUUUAAGACAUUUCAUAAAUACUCACAGGCUGAGGUAUUUUAUUCAUAUGUAUAUUUAUACCAAUAAAAUGGUUUUACAA